GAGCUGGAGGAUUUGAAUGGGGACAACAUCCUCAACAAUCUGGAGCGUCGUUUCAGGCAGGAUCAAUACUAUACCUACGUAUCCAGUGUCCUUCUGGCGGUGAAUCCGUAUAAGGAGACGUUGCGAGCGACGUUGUAUUCGGAGGAGACUAGAGAGAGGUAUAAUGCUGCAAACAUGAAUGGUUCCGGUAUAAUUUUUGGUAUAGCCUGAGUUUGAUCAUAAGGGAAAACAAGAAGAGAACCCUUAGGAUCAAACUCAGGCUACCAAAUACCAGAACCAUACAAAAUACGAGCAAAUUGGUCAUGAGGAACUAGAGGGCCACAUGAUAGACGAGGACCACAUGGAGCAAUUUGGUCAUGAGGAACUAGUUGCGAGACGAGGUCACCCAUCAUCCUCGGAGGCGAGCAUGUGCCCGUGCCGCUCGUUGAGAAGGAAAGCCUUCGUGAGAAGGAUCCACAACCUAACCUAACCUUCGUUCUAUCUAGCCUAACCUAACCUUCGUUCUAUCUAGCCUAUAACCUAACCUUCGUUCUUUCUAGGUACCGCUCACGAGGAGGCAACAACGAAAACAAGUCUACGACUGGAGGAACGCAUAAACUACCACCGCAUCCUUACGCCCUUGGCGAUGUCGCGCUUCGACGUCUCGUUUUUCGACAGCGCAGUCAAGCAUUCAUCAUUUCUGGAGACUCCGGAGCAGGGAAGACCGAGACGGCCAAAGUUUUAGUGGAUUUUCUAGUCGAGGGAGAGAAGAAGGUUGUUCCGAGCUCAACAGGAACACCAUUUUUAACAUCUCACGCUCCUACGCCAGCCUCCUGUCUUCCAGCCGCUAACCUAGUCCUAGAAGCAUUCGGCAAUGCCACUACAGUGAGGAAUAGGAACAGUUCGAGAUUUGGGAAGUUCUCAGCUCUGAACUUCAACGCAGUUCCUCAAUUUCGGCAUGCAUCGAUCCAGACGUUUCUUUUGGAAGCCUCGCGGGUUAGCAGGUUUGAUGUCUCCGCUGGAGAGCGGUGCUUCCACGUUUUCUAUGGAUUGUUCUUGUCACGAAGAUCGGGUUCAACGUCAACAACCCGCAAAACGACAACUCCGUACAGUACAUUCACAGCAGGAGGUGGAGCUGAAGUUGAUCUGAUUGAUGCCACCUCGUGUUAUCCGAUUAAGGGUAGUUCUUCACUAUCCUAUGUGGACUAUGCUGAGUGGGCUUCUCCUGGAUUUGGAGGGGAGUCUAAGGGGCAAAGAGGUACACCCACUCGGCUCGGGGUAGUGUGUGAGAAACUACCUUUAAUCCGAAGAACAGCGGCAACCAGAACAAAGAGAAGCAGGCAAAGCCAAAUGCAAAUACAUCUUCUAGUACUUCUCCAUGCGGCCCACUUUCCAAGGAUGAAACUAGUUGGCAUACCGACCUGUUCGAGAAGCUGAAACAAGCUCUGAAGACCCUGGACAUCGGAGAGGAGAAGACAGCGCCAGCAUGGGACAUUUUACGUGCGAUUGUACUCUUAGGAGAGUUGAGAUUUGCGGAGAAGCAUGAGGAAUGUGGUACGGUGACAGUCGAGGUUGUGGGAGAUAACGUGGAUGACAUAGUUAUGGCUUUGGUUUUCGCUGAUUGGUACAUUUUGUAAAAACAUGCUAGGCACAUGCUUAAAGCGCCAUUGAGUGCGCAGGGGGGGCCGACAGGUGCGUACGCCGCUGCCGUUCUUCCAGUUGUUAGCUCUGGCGCCCAGGCCCCGCCGGCCAGGCUGCCUCCGCGCGCGGCGCUGCCAGUUUCGUUUGUCUUACAAAGACGAGGCCAGCUGGGACGCCGAAGCCAAUAAGCCCAAGCCCGGCACUUUCCUCCUGACAUGGUAGACGCAGAUACGGGGGGCCACACGUGUCAACGUGAAGCUGAAGGGACCCCGAUGGAGGCGGCCACUCUGUCGGCUGCGUUUUUCUUGUGCGGCCCAUCGUCAACGCUAGCCGGGCCCCCGCGUGGCUCCGCGGCUUUUGUGGUCUGGCUGCGGAGAAGGAACGCAGGAGCCACCGGCGACGUCAGGCCAAUAGCUGACGAAAGCAGUAAGCACCCCGCGGGAACUCUGCACGUGUCGCAACCUGCUCUAAGCUUGGGGGGAGCGGGCGGGCAUGCCACAGCGCCGUGGUAGUGUGAAACGCUGCGCCAGCUUUCUCGCGCUAUAGCUUCUACAUCCGCGAAAGCGAUCACGAUAACACUCGCACUGAGUAGACUAUGGAAACUGUUGGCGAAGCUAUCGUCGCUGGUGCAGCCGCAGCCGUUCCGGGUAAUGGCACCCAUGGCGCUGCCAUCGUGGCGUCUCCCAAGACCUUCGCGAAAGAGCAGGCCCGCUUGGUCGUCACCAACGGCGAACGAAGUCAACGCCGCUGCAGCGUUGCGCUUCGCCGAUGCCUUCUUUCUUGCAGCACCUAAGGGAGUGCGCCCAUCGAAGACAUCCUGUGGGCGACAUCGCCCGCGAUGCGUUGGCUGCGUGCAUGCUUUGGAGUUGGGAAAAACUUCCGCGACGAGGAGGAGGCCCUUGGCACUCUAGGACAAGGGGGCGCGUUCUACAUGGCGCAGAAGGUGACCAGUGAGCUCAGGCAUGACAGUGAGGCAAGCCGUACGCUCGUGGAAGAUUCACCAGGAGGAGGCGAAAGCCAUGCAUGGGGCGGCGUGGGUUGCUAGAGUGGCCAAAGCAGUUGGCGGAAGAGGAAGAAGAAGCACGGCCCACGGGCCAUAGGUUUGCUGCUUGGUGGUGACCUGACUGAGGGGAUCCUGGGGCAGCCGGCGCAGGGGAUAGGAGACCAGGGGCGUGCUGGCUAAUGCAGUGCGUGGCGUAUUGGCUGACUAGACUCGGCAGACGACCUCGCUCCUUAGUCAUUCGCUGUCCCCUCGUUUUUCAGCAGCGGAGGCAGGGCCCCGCGACUGUGCUUCGACAUCUACGGCACUGGCCAGGCUGCUGGUGUGUCUCUCUCUUUUCUGAUGUUAAAUCGAGAGUUGUGAAAGCUCGGAGGGCGUCUGUCGUUGUUUUGCGCUGUAUCUUGCUGAAAUGACUAUUAAUUUCCUAAUCUAGCUACAUUAGGAUUAGAACCCCAAAGCAAGGGCCACUCCAUUUCAAUGCAACGGAUUCCACGGCGAAACCGAAAGACACCGCUGCAGGGACAGUACCGGAAGCUUCGCCGCAGAAAGAAGCCUCUUCCCUCCUCGGUUUUCCAAGUUGGGAGGCUUUCAAGGCGGCGCUUCUCAAGAAGGAUGUUUUUGCACGUGGCGAACGCAUAACCACCUCAAGAAGCAUAGGCCAAGUUCGGCAGUGCCUCACUGCUGUGCGGAAAACACUUUACAAACGGUUAUUUGACCAAGUCGUUGCAUGGUUGAAUAGGAGUUUGUCGGGAAAGAAAGGAAAAGGAUGCAGCGGUUCAAGUAGAUCUUCUAGUGGUACAGAAUCAGAAAUAGUAGAUGAGCAGCACAAUGAUGAUGAAAUAGACGACGAUGAAGAAGAAUCAUCAACAGCAAACGAUUAUGCAGCUUCCGACACACUUGGAAGCACUUGCUCAGCCUCCACACGUUCCCUCUACAUCGGCAUCUUGGACAUUUACGGUUUUGAACAGCUAACCGUAAACAGUUUUGAGCAAUUGUGCAUAAACCUGGCGAAUGAAAGGUUGCAACAAUUUUUCGAGCAAAACUUCAUGGAGGCAGAACGACAGUUGUAUCUGCGUGAGGGGAUAUUGACUAAAGCAGAACAAGAACAGCAGUCGUUGGUGGGCGGGGGAGGUGGGAAGAUGAAUGUUCAGAUGGAUCAUGUAGUGGGCAAAAAUAGUACAAAUGUAGUCGAACAAGGAGCAGUCGUGCAUGCCAACGAAUCACCACUCAACAAUUCUGGAACCUUCGAUCCCGAACCUCUCCUCGCCAGCAUUGGGCGUGUGUUUGGAAUGCUAGACGCUCAUUUGGUACUGCUAAGGAAGAAUCAGAAGACCGAUGAAGGCCGCUUCACGGAUGAAGUAUUGGAGAGGGAACCUGCCUUCUUCAAGAAACCGAAGAGUGGAGCGACCUCUGCCAGUAGGGCGAGUCAGACUAAUCGGGCGGCUUUUGUGGUUUAUGACAUUUUUCACUUAAAUGAUUCGAUAAAGAUCAAGUAGAUAAAGAUAAUUGUUCGUGUCGGCUGCCAUUUUGUCGCUACGGUGAUCAUGAAAGGUCAUAUCAGUAGAGGCACAUACAUGACAAGACUUAAAGUUUUCCUGCGUCUACUGUGGUCUUCGUCUUGGUGUAUUGAAAGGCUUCUCUUCCUCGUCCAUGUCUGAAUUCUAGGUACUUACUCAUUUUUCUAAUCCCAAACCCACUACGCCGGUGCAGUCAGUUACGAAACGGCGGGAUGGCUGGAAAAGAAUACGACUCACAUGGUGGACGAACUCGAGAAUUGUUUGAGCCUCUCUGAAAAGCCCCUAGUCCGCAAACUCUCACACAGCGUCAUCAACAUUGGUCCAUCGACUACUAGUACUCCAACCUCGUCCACAACAAGUAAUCGGGUCUUCUCCUCUGUUUCCCAACGCUACCUCCACGACCUCAAUCGCCUGAUGCACAUCUUGAGUACCGAAUGCGAGCCUCAAUAUAUCAGGUGUUUCAAGCCGAAUCUACAACAAAAACCCGGUUUGUGGGACAGUCCUGCUGUGAUGGAGCAGUUGAGGCAAAGUGGCACAGUGCAACUAGUGCGGCUGAUGAAGAACGCGUUUCCGCAUAGAACAGGUUAUAAGGACGUGGCUGGCGGGUUUGCGCAGCGGUUAUUGGGACAGACGAGUAGAGGGAAAAAUGGAGGUGAAACGAGUAGGUGUACCUCCUCCAGUAGUACAACAACCACUUCUUCUACUGCCUCUACUACGAGUAGAAUUCUCACCCUCGCUCAAGAAGAUCCCCGGCUCUUUGUUCAAGGCCUGCUUCAUUGUCUGGCCGUGCCGACGACGGACUACAGAUUGGGGGUUUCGAAGCUGUUUUUGAGGAAUGGGCAGCUGGGAGCGUUG